UGCUACUAUAUGGCUCCUAGACCAGUUUAUGGUAUACCUUUAGGUAGUAUAUCACCAAUGGCAGCUCCAGGUUCAGAUAUAGAAAAAUUGACAACUCUUUUCAUUGGAGGGAUAUCACCAGGAGUAACUGAUGAUUGGAAAAAAUUCUCAAUUAUUUAAUUGCGGAAUAUGCUGAUGCUGAUAGACAGUGUACUGCGUUCUUUGCGUGUACUUGGUG